GGUGCUCUUGACGCGUAUCUAAAGAAAAACAAGGAUACCAUAGACAGGGAUGAACGGUUGCUCAUGACGAUGGGAGCGGCAUGGGGAAUGGAAUACUUGCAUAAGUGUAGUGUUCUUCACAGAGAUAUUGCUGCGCGAAACUGCCUAUAUGACAAAGAUAAAAUUGUUAAAAUUAGCGACUUUGGCUUGUCACGACGAGGAUCUACUUAUAAAAUGCAAACGGCAAAGAAGAUGCCCAUAAAGUGGAUGGCGCCAGAAUCCAUGACUACAUUUAUGUUUUCGCAGAAAACUGACGUGUACAGCUAUGGGGUUAGUUUUUUUCAUGAGGAAAAUAUUUUGAUGAUUGGUGUAAUUAAGAUUUUGGUUUACGAAAUAUUUUCUGGUGCAGAGCCUUAUGAAGGAAUAUCAAACUCCAUGACCAAGAAAAUGGUAGGUCAAGCUCUACCCUCCACUAACGGCUGGAAGAAUACGAAUAAAAUUCGAAUCCGUGUAUCUUUUGUGUUCUUUCGUAGCAUAGUGUUUGAGCAGUUAAAGUUCAGGUUUUCACAUCAGUCGGUUCAAGCUCUAUUCCAAACAUAG